AAGCUGUGAAUUGUAGCGGGUGCAGAUUUUGAUUUCCUCGCAUCUCGCUGCUGUGGGUCAUGUUCAGAAAAGCUAAAAAUGACAAGGAGCCAGAGUGGGACCCAACCUUCGAACCACUCAUGAAGGUACUUUUGGGAAAGAAAGGUAUCAAGACGAAGAGCGCCAGCGAAGUUGGCAAGAAGAAAGUGGAUUACUUCCGUGGGAAGGACUUCAAGAAGUUCCUGCUUGAACAUGACACCAUUCUGAAGAAGAAAUGCUCCAAAGCUUUGGACGAGACCUUAGAGGGAAAUAUUCCUGAGAGUGAUCGGGAUAUCGAGAAGCUUGGCAACGAGCUAAUUCAGCGGAACUUCUGCUACAAGGCAAUGUACAAGCCUUUGAAUCCGACCUCCAAGUCGGACGAUGGGUCGGAGAAGAAGCCAAAGAAGUGGCCUGACCGUUUGGGCAGGACACCGAACCAAAGCUUCGAUUGCGAAGGGUUCUACGUGAUCACCUACGAAGGAGGAACUGGCUUGCAGCACUUCCUACUUGCCCUAAUUAUUGCGGGGGUCCUGCUUGCAUGCAUGUUCCCGGUGUGGCCUAUGUGGGCUAAGGUGGGCGUUUGGUAUCUCAGUGUGAUCUUCCUGACGCUCUACUUUGGCGUCCUCAUUUUGCGGAUGUUGAUUUUCACAAUGUUCUGGGUGAUAGGCUUCGAUUUCUGGAUUUUCCCCAACCUCAACGACGAGUACUGUGGCUUCCUUGAUUCCUUCCAGCCGUUUUACUCAUGGGAAAAGAGAAAGGAUGAUGCCCUCAUGCUUCUAGUCAGAUUUGCCAGCUUGGGUAUUGCAGCUGUAGCCAUCCAGCAGAUUGCUGAAAACACAUCCUUCGAGGAUGUUCAGGACCUCGUCAAAAGUUCAUACGCUGACGUGCUGGCCUGGGGUGUUGACAAGCUCACAGCUUUGCCAGGUUCAGAAAAGCAGGCUCUUCCCAGUGUUGAGGAGUUGCAAAAAGAGAAGGAUUUGGAGGAAAGUGAAGCCAAUGCGAGCCAAGUAACUGCUGACAUGGCGGACGAAGAUGAUGAUGCGGAUGACACCAAAGGUGCACCGCCGAAAGAGGAGACCCAGGAAAGCGAGACCUCAUCUGAAACCUCUGAGUGAAGUCCAUAAGAUUUGUCUGAAGGCUUCCCCAUGUGUGGUUGGGAAC